AUGAGCGGCAACAUGAUGAUACCAUAUCAACAUGACUCACCAUCAACCAUCUCCUCUACAACACAACCAGAUAAUUCACCACAUCCAAGAGGAGAAGGAGUGACAGAAGAAAUGCCUGGACCAAUGAUACGUUUCACCCCUUCGUCAGAUAUCAAUAAUAUACCCACUAUAUUCCCGGCACCCGUGGCAAGUCUGAUCACUACAAUAGCAACAUCAACUAGAAUGUCAUUGAGGAUAACAGCUUUCCUGAUAGAAGCGAUACUUGAAACUGGACAAUAUACAAGUCGGAUGACAUUGGGAUAUACUAGGAGAUUACUGAUAACUGCAAUUUCAUCAGCUAGAAGAGUCUAUCUAAUGAGCAACGCAGCUAUUGAAGGUGAUUUAUUGUCAUUGAUGAUGUUAGGUACAGGUAAUCUCAAAAAUGGUAUAGAAGAUAAAUCGACCACAUCGGAAACAGCUAAAUCUGCAAAUUCAAUUGAUAACAAUAAUAAUACGACGACAGAUCAUUUCUUGAAUGUUUUAGAUAAAUAUACCAAUCUAGGUAUAUACAUAAUUCAUCAUGCGUUCACGAUGGUCGAAUUGUUUACCAUGUCGGGUUUCUUCUUCACUUCGAAUUUAGUGAAUUCGGCGCAUACAGCAGCUAUUGAAAGUGUUGCUUUAUUCGACAGUUUAUUCGGUUCAAACGAAUCUUCAAGAGCUCUAUCAGCUAUAAUCACCAUGGUUAGAAAAGAAGUCAUACAAGAUGAAAGAUGUAAAGACAAGGGAACAAUAGCGAUUUUAUCAGGUUUGACAAAAGCUUUGACUGCUUUCGCCUGUUUACAGGUCGCUACUUGGAAAAGGACAAAUAAACGGUUGAAAAUGAAAGUACUAUACGAUUGUACGAUUCAAGCCGAACAAGAAGAUUCUUAUACCACUUCAACCGAUUCAGCUGUAGAAGAGCCUGAACCACUUUCUCUAGCAGCUUUAGAAGAUAUCUCACCUAUAGCUGGGCCUGGUCCAUCAACAUUACAAUCAAGACGUCAUUCUCUAUCAUCUACGCUGACUCGUAAUCCGUUACUCGACGAGGCAAACAAGAGAUUAUGGGAACAUGUAGAGGCGUCUGAGACGACGACAAGACCCAAUUUAUCUAGAAGGGAAAGUAGUCAUACCUCAGCGUGGUCAAUGGAGGAUCUGGAUGAUUUAGUAGGUGAAUCAGGCGAUGAGAUAUACGAAGGACCUCCUGAUGAUCAAUCAAGAGAACAACAUCGUCAACGUAGAAGAAGAGAAGCGACUUUGGAGAUCACAGAUGAAUUGACUGAAAGUACAGUCAUAACUCAGAUGUUGGAAAGAGUCCAUUCUGACGGAAGAAGAUUCCGAGUCAAUCCACGUUUAUCACAUAGAAGACAAAUGAGUAUGCCAGAUAUUGCCAUUCAAGAUUUAGAUGAUGAGGAUAUCCCAAUCAGAACAGUAGCGACAAGUUGUGUUAAUUCUCCAAGACUGCAAUCGAAUUUAUCAUUAUUCCCAAAUGACGAUGAUGAAGAAGAGGCCGAAGAGGAUUGGGUAGAAGUGGAUACACUACUCUCAGAAGAGGAUAGAGCGCAUUUACCUUCAUUGCCAAAUGGCGAUUCAAUCGGAACAUCAAGUUAUAUAGACGCUUUAGAACAUCCACACCAUAAUGCUGAGAGGAUACAACUGGUCAUCAAAACCAUGACGAAUAAAUUGCUCCAAAGGAAACGAACGGUCAGACAUGUGUUAAGAGAUAACCUUGAAAUCGGUGAGAGCACACGAAAAGCUUCGACCGAGAGGCCGAGAAGUGGCAGGGGAAGUGUGAGAGAUAUGAAUUGGAAUAUCACUCCUCAACCUAGUUUACCGAGAUCAGUGUCCAUUUCAUCCGAAAGUGGAUCUUCAACUCGUACACCUACUACACCUUUAUCAAUGAGGACACGUAGACACAAUCGACACAUGUCCGCGGACAAAGCUGUAUCAAAAGUAAAAAAUGUUUUAUCGCCAUCGCGGAAAUCGUCCUCCCCGGCGCCCACUCAUACCCCAUCAAGGGAAGGAAGUCCUUCGCCCAUAUCACGAAAAGCAAAACCUGAACCUAUCGAUACUUCGAAACCGAAAGAAGGUGUUCGUGCACCUCCACCAUCACCACAUCAAUCAAUCAUUCUCCGUAAUCCCUCUCAGCCGUCUCCAAAGUUACGAAUGACGAGUACACGUCAAAAUCCUCAAAUCCCAUUGGAAGAACAAUCUCUAUCCAGACCCUCGCUGUCUAUGCGCAGAGAAUCAGUGCACACCUCGUCGAGUAGAGUCGAAACUGCUUCAUCUCACUUGAUGCCGGAGAGAGGAGAAGCCAAUCCGGAUAACCUAUUCCCACAUGAAGGGUUGAUAAGGAACAUCCAUAGAUUCAUGAGGUAUUCCAGUGCGGCAUAUGGCCAAAACUUCCUACGGAUAUUCGGCUUGGGCUCAAGCGACUUUAUGUUCCCCAGUACUGGCAAACAUCAUGCUAAUAGCUGGGCAUUCGCGCAACACACGAAUAUACCAAUUGAUUGCUUGCUUUUAUCCUCAUUUACCGAAUCUUCGGCGGCUCUCAUCCAGCAAGAAGCUCCUCCAUUGGUUCAUUACGUGGCGGUGGAGCACUCGUUGAAAGCAAUAGUUCUAACAUGCAGAGGUACACUCGGGCUGUCCGAUGUCCUCGUCGACUUGACAUGCGAAUACCAAUCGAUCAACGUGGAUCGAGGUGAUCCCGAUGGAAAUUACUACGUCCAUGCGGGGAUGUGGCAAUCGGCUCGUAAACUUACCGUCAAACAAUCAACUGUGCAUGAAAUUUUGGUAGAAGCGUUGACGAAAUAUCCUACAUAUGGAUUAGUACUAGCUGGACAUUCAUUAGGUGGCGGAGUAGCUGCUUUAUUAUCAAUACUCUGUUCGAUGCCUGCAAGUUCUUUCAUCAAACUUAAUAAAUCGUUAGAAACACCGAUCAGUCAUCCCGAAGUAUCAACACCGUUCGUGACUAAUUUCGAAAGUGGAUUACCUCCUGGAAGACCUAUUCACUGUUACGCAUAUGGACCACCUGCAGUCACUUCGCCCGAUCUGUGCUACUAUACGAAAGGCCUGAUCACUUCUGUGGUGCAAGAUUCCGAUGUCGUACCUACACUCUCGUUAGGUGGUGUGAAAGACUUCAAGAAUAUAGCUUUAACAUUAUCGGAAGAAGGUAAUAUAGCAGAAGAGAUCGUGGGUAGAGUUAUAGGUAUAAAUAAAAGGAAAUUUGAUUUUCAAAAGGAUAGGCAAAUGAAUCCUGACCAAUCGGAGAAAUCACCAUUCCACAAAGAAGAUGAUGAAGCGUUGAAAGAUGAAGAGAUUCUAAGUGAUUGGAUGGUCAGUUUGAUCAAAACGAUGAGAGCGGAUAUGGACAAUGAAAAGCUGUAUCCGCCUGGAAUGGUGUAUAUCAUGGAACACUUUGAUGUAUUCGUAACGGAUGGAACGGGAACUGUAGUGAAAGGCAAAGACGACAGAAAUGUGAUUCAUAAACAAGCUCACAGGGUGAUACUGAGACAAUGCGAUUCUGUCGAAGAGAGGUUCAGGGAGCCCAUAUUCGCCAAAUCAAUGCUACAAAAUCAUCUUCCAUCACAAUACGAAAGGUCUACACAUUUGUUGUACGAAGGAUUGGGACAGGGAAAGUUGUAG